CUGCAAAGAUUUGUUUAGAGAUUUUGAGAGCAAUGCCUCUAAGAGCAAGUAGGAGGGGGGAUGUUGAAGUGAGGAAGAAAGGGUACAAGAGUUUAGUAUUAGAUGCAGAUGAAGGUAGAAGGAAAAGAGAAGACAAUUUGGUGGGGAUAAGGAAGACUAAAAGAGAAGAAAGUCUCCUCAAGAAAAGGAGAGAAGGCCUUUUCAUUCUCUAUCAGUAUCACCACCACCACUUCACUCAUGAUAUCUCCAUACCAAAUCUGAUGGUAAAAGGAGUAUCAUCGGAUGAUCCAGCACUGCGGUUAGAAGCCACUACUCUACUUCGAAAGCUAUUAUCAAUGGAGCACUGCCCACCAAUCCAGCAGGUAAUCGAAGCUGGCAUCGUUCCUCGAUUAGUCGGCUUUCUCGACGAUCAUCAUCACCCUCAAUUACAGUUCGAGGCUUCGUGGGCAUUGACUAAUAUUGCCUCUGGUACAUCUGAACACACACACGUUGUUAUUCAGCAAGGUGCUGUGCCCAAAUUUGUGCACCUUCUUGGCUCUUCGAUUACUGAUGUUCGAGAGCAGGCCGUUUGGGCAUUGGGUAACAUUGCAGGUGAUUCACCAAAGUCCAGAGAUAUAGUUCUGAAUCACGGUGGACUGAUUCCAUUACUGGCACUAUUAAAUGAUCAUUCAGAUUUAUCUCCUCUAGGGAAUGCUACUUGGGCUUUAUUGAACUUCUGCCGAGGCAAGCCACCACCGCCCUUCCACCAGGUCAAGCCUGCAUUGCAGGCCUUGCACCACCUGAUCCGACUGAACGACGAAGAAAUUCUCACCGACGCUUGCUGGGUGCUUUCCUAUCUGUCCGAUGGCACGAACGAAAAGAUUCAGGCGAUGAUCGAGGCCGGAAUUUGUACGCGACUUGUGGAGCUUCUUAAUCAUCCCUCGGAAGCUGUGCUCGUCCCGGCACUUCGGACCGUAGGGAACAUCGUCACCGGUGACGAUUCUCAGACUCAGGUUGUGAUUGACAACAAAGUUCUCCCUUAUCUCCACAAAUUUGUUUCCCACAACUACAAAAAGUGUAUACAGAAAGAGGCUUGUUGGACAAUCUCAAACAUCACUGCAGGAAACAGUAGUCAAUUACAGGCUGUCAUUGAAGCAAACAUAAUCAGUCCACUGCUUCACCUUCUUCAACAUGCCGAAUUCGACAUCAAGAAAGAAGCUGCCUGGGCCAUUUCUAAUGCCACCUCCACCGGAUCCCAUCGACAGAUUCAAUACAUGGUGAAACAAGGUUGUUUGCAGCCACUUUGUGAUCUUCUAGUGUGCCCUGACACAAGGGUUAUGACAAUAUGUCUCGAGGGUCUUGAAAACAUUUUAAAGAUUGGUGAGGCAGACAGCAAAUGUGGGAGAAAUGUAUACACUGAAAUGAUUGAAGACUGUGAUGGUUUGGAGAAAAUAGAGGAUCUACAGAACCAUAACAACAAUGACAUCUACAACAAGGCUGUGAAGAUGUUAGAGAGGUAUUGGUUGGAGGAGGAAGAAGAAGGUCACUAUGGUAAUUCUCAGUUUUCUUUUGGGGUUGAACAUCCAUCCCUUUGGAGGUUUUGA